CAUCUCCAGUCAUGUUCAUGGAGGCUGAGAGCCGGGAAGCACUGUAAACAACGAACUCAUACAGAAAAUAGAUCACUUUCUUCCAUGAGACAUGGAGCAGUACAUGAUAUCUGCAUUCGGUAGGACGGAACAGAAUGUUUUCCGCUAGUGUAUGUACAAGAUCUUAUUUGUCAGCGGUUGAGAAGGCCUGCUCUAGCUAGCAAUAGCCAAGGGCCCUAUUGCAGGGGUGGUGGCGGUGGAUAUUCAGCUAGCUAACGUUAGCUAGCUCGCUGCUCCAUUUCUGUCGCACCACAGAAUAAAAUUCCUCCCGAUCUGUGCCGGUCCGGGGAAAUCACGAUGCAGGGGGAAACUGCAGCAAUACGAAUAUCCGAAGGCGACGGGAAGCUGGAUGUUUACACACCGAGUCGGACUCUGAGCUCUGGGAGGGGAAGUUCAAAAAGCUGGCAGUACAGUGAUCACAUGGAAAACAUUGACGGCUACCUGAUGAAGUACACCAACCUGGUGACCGGAUGGCAGUACCGGUUCUUUGUCUUGAACAACGAGGCCGGGGUGCUGGAGUACUUUGUAAAUGAGCAGUCCCGUCCCCAGAAGCCUCGUGGAACGCUGCCCCUGGCCGGCGCCGUCAUCUCGCCCAGUGACGAGGACUCGCACACCUUCACCGUCAACGCCAUCAGCGGAGAGCAGUACAAGCUCAGAGCCACUGACGCCAAAGAGAGGCAGCACUGGGUGAGCAGGCUCCAGAUCUGCACGCAGCACCACACGGAGGCCAUGGGCAAGAGUAACCCUCCCCUGAAGCCUCGCAGCUUCUCCAUGACCUCCCAGGGUAGCGGCAGCUCCCCCGCAUCUCAGCGCCGCCCCAGCCACAACCCCACCUCCUUCUUCAACCUAUCGCAGCAGAGCACUGGCUCCUCCCUCUACGCCAGCAAGAGGUCCCUGCUGCCCGACCACCUGGUGGAUGCCCGUGAGAUGAUGUCCCAGGCCCAGGGCCAGCACAGAGACCUGAUCCAGACGAUCGAGGGCCUGCCUGCUGCUCCUGGCCUGUCCCCUCUGGACCAGGACCUGCUGCUGCUGAAGGCCACCUCCAUGGCCACGCUCAGCUGCCUGAACGACUGCUUCCACAUCCUGCAGCUGCAGCAGGUGGCCCGACAGAAAGUCCCUCUAGGAGGGCCAACCAUCGAGUGGCUGGGACCCAAGCUGCCCGAUAUCCUGAAGAACGGCGCGGCCCUGCCCUGCCUCUCGGAGGGGGAAAGCAAGACGGACACAGCCAGCCUGGAGCGCCUGAACACGGAGCCCGGCGACUUCGCCAGGGAGCAGGAGGAAAUUGACCCGGAGGAUGAGGUGGAGGAUACCUUCACGGAUGAAGAGGAUGACCUGGGGGCAGUAGAAGAGGAGCGCAGCGUUAUCCUGCACCUGCUGUCCCAGCUCAAGCUGGGCAUGGACCUCACCCGGGUGGUGCUGCCUACCUUCAUCCUGGAAAAGCGUUCUCUCCUGGAGAUGUAUGCUGACUUCAUGUCACAUCCAGACCUAUUCGUGGCAGUGACGGACGGGGCAGGGCCCGAGGAGCGCAUGGUGCGCUUUGUGGAGUACUACCUCACCUCCUUCCACGAGGGCCGGCGGGGCGCCGUGGCCAAGAAGCCCUACAACCCCAUCAUUGGGGAGACCUUCCACUGCUCGUGGCGCGUGCCAGCCCGGCGUGAGGACGGCCCCCGGGACAGCUGCCUGGUGCGCUUCGUGGCCGAGCAGGUGUCCCACCACCCGCCCGUGUCGGGCUUCUACGCCGAGUGCCCCGAGCGCCGCAUGUGUGUCAACACUCACGUGUGGACCAAGAGCAAGUUCAUGGGCAUGUCCAUCGGGGUGUCCAUGGUGGGGGAAGGCUGCCUGUACCUGCUGGAGCAUGACGAGGAGUACACCUUCACCCUACCCUGUGCCUACGCCCGCUCCAUCCUGACUGUUCCCUGGGUGGAGCUGGGAGGCAAGGUCACCGUCACCUGUGCCAAGACGGGCUACUCGGCUGCCAUCACCUUCCAGACCAAGCCCUUCUACGGAGGCAAACUGCACAAAGUGACGGCAGAGGUGAAGCACAACGUUACCAACGCGGUGGUGUGCCGUGUGCAGGGCGAGUGGAACGGCAUGCUGGAGUUCAGCUACAGCAACGGGGAAACGCGGGUGGUAGACGUCACCAAGCUCCCUGUCACCAAAAAGCGGCUCCGCCCCAUUGAGCAGCAGGGGUCCUAUGAAUCCAGGCGAUUGUGGCAGCACGUGACAGAGUCCCUGCGCCAGAAGGAUAUGGACAAAGCCACGGAGCACAAGCGCCACCUAGAGGAGAGACAGAGAACAGAGGAGAGGCAUCGCGCUGAGACGGAGACGCCAUGGAGGACCAGAUACUUUGAACGUGAGGGUGACGGCUGGGUAUAUUACAAACCGCUGUGGAAGACUGCAGUCACGAACCCCUGAAGCCCGCCUCCCUCCUCAGUCCUUCAGAUCACACCUCUUUACAACUGCAUUGAGUUUCAACAUAGCCUCCAGGCAUGUUCUUAUUCUGUGUUUAUUUUUAACGGUUAAGACAGACCCACUACUUCUCAAUUCCCAAAAUUAUAGAUGUGUAUGGCACCGACGUGUGACACAAUGAGACAAAACUGUCCUGCUUCAAUUUUUCUGUGUGGAGGACAGAGAAACCGGACAAAGGUGCAUAUUUUGUAAGGUCUGAUUGAUACUUUUGUAUAAUCGCUUAUUAAAACAGUCGUCAGAUCAACAUGUAUUCCUGUACAUACUUAGAUUACUCAAGUGAUGCUGCCUUAAACCUGACAGGUGCUGGCAGCAAAGUGCAGUGCAAUCUGGGUAAUUCCUGAGGAUCUGGAAUGAGGGGUGUUUGUAUCUUAUCAGGGAGUUUGUGUAGGCCAUGCUAUGGCCAAGAGAGGCACGGGCUAACCUUGUGCUCCGAUUUUGUUCCCCACGUUUAUGUCACACGGAGAAACCCAAGGUCACGCAGCCGUAAAAAACAGGUGGAUCUCAGGCAGGAGACUGAGGACAAGAGGCCAUGACCGAACCAAAUUCUGAUGCAUCCGAGCAUCUGGGAUGACGAGGCACUGCUUUGCUUCACAAUUCCCACCAGUUCACUCAGCUUUUAUCCUGGUAAUUUUUGGACUCGGGCUGAUGAGCAUUGUGCAUUACGCACAGGCACCUGGCAAGAAAAACAACUUGAGUUUACAGUUAAUUCAGGUUUCUGUUGCAGGGGAAUGCUUUUUUCCAGGAGAGGGAAGACGCAGAUAGUAAAGCAGAUUUGUGAUUAUAGGGUAGGUAGAAGUUUGAGACUUGACUUAAGCGUUGGAAAGAUUUGCCCUCCAAAUGGCGGGUGCACUUUUGUUUUGUUUUUUGUUCUUGCAUGAGGGUGUUGAGGCAGGCCAUGGGGCAGAGAACCUCACCAAGAAAGAUGAAAUUGACCAGGGCUAAUAAAGCUAGAUUUCCCUUAGGGGUGAGGUUUAUAAAAAGAUUGUUUGCUUUUCACCGACACCAUGGUUUUCAGAAGGUUUGUACUGAUGUGCACAUUUGAUUGGAAAAUAUUCAGUCUCCCAUUAUGCUUUCAUUCCCAGGCCUGUUGCCUACAUUGAGAUUAUUUCAACAGAAUUUGUUUAUUAAGCAGGCUAACCCAUGUUUUAUGUAGAGGGGUUGUGAGGGUUAUGAUGUACUCUAUCUCCUUAACUGUUAUUCAUUCACUCUAACUUGCUCACUGCUGGCCAUUAAAUGUGUGAGUCACUUAAGUAGCUGGAACAGGACUUCAGUCUGUCCUAAAAAUGAAAUUGAGGAUGAUCAUUUCCACAGCUGGCAAAAAUCUGAGGAAAAUUGGUAAAAUGAUAGGGAAAUCUACUGGGAGUGUAACAACAAAACAUUAGGAUUGUUAGCUACAUUGAACCGAGUUGAAGGGAGUUUAUAUCAACCAGUUCAAGUCAGUCACAGCUUCUUUUUUUGCCACUUUGUCAUCUUUGUCACGAUUUGCCGUUUUGUUUCUCUGUGCGUUUGUUUUCCUUGGUGUACGCUAAGCCUCACCGAUUCAUUCAACGCGCAAAAUGAGCGCCAGGGGAUUAAGCAUGUCCUGCGCAGCUAAUCACGUUCCACCCGCAGGACUUCGUUUUAGCGAUGGGUGGAGUUCAUUGAAACAGUGUUCCACGCGUGCACGUGUGCGUUUUCCUCUUUUGUUUAUAGGCUAGCCUCUCCUACAGCGUUGUGCCUUAAGCCGUUCCUUCUCGCGUUCGUCUUCCAGUUCGUGAAUGUGACAUAUCUUCCAGACGUCUUAAAGUUCUCGUUUGUUCGCCUCCCUGUCCCGAGCUAUGAAUGACGCCAUGACUUAUUCGGAUAUGUUUUUACUUGGACGUCUGCCUAGAGACAGUGGGCAGUGGCUGUGUGGAGAUCGGCGAGUUGAAAUGUUUCCCAGCUCGGUUCAGUGGGAGGUCUUCUCCAAUGCGAAUCCGGAGUGGUGUUAAAUGCAUAUCGAUUUUGUUUUUGAGUCAUUCUGUAUGUCUUGCUAACCUGUGAAAUGCACUGACAUUUAAUUUAAUACAACACUCCUUGUAGACCUAGAUAAGUGUGGUAAUGAAUGAAUAAAAACACUGCUAAUCCA